CCAUCCUCACAGACAGCAGGCCUCUGUUUCAGCUGUGGGAUGCUGCUCACGCACCACCUCUGCUGCAUCGUUAGGACGGGUUGGCCGCUCUGGGGACCCCUCCCCGCUUUACGCAUGCACCAUCCGCUCACGUGACCGCGCGCUGCUGAACCCAGCACUGCCGUCGGCCAUCUUGGUCGACACCCUCCCAGAGCCUCCACUGCAGCGCUCAGGCAGUCCGAUCGGAGCCAGCCGGCAGCGACUGUGAUUUCAGGCAGCUUUGCAUCUCGAGCCCCCGUCUGCACAAAGGGACAGCGGGGGCUGACGCAGAGGGAGGGAGGGAGGGAGGGCUGCCGUCUGCGACAGCGGCGCGUUGCACCCGUCUGCGUGCUGGAGGAGAGGAGGAUGCAGCCUUAAAGACGAGGAAGCGGCUCCUUUCCCAUCACCCGCCUCCGCCGCCGAGGCCGGCCUCAUCUUUUGUUGUCAUCCACCCCCCCAGAACAAAGGGGCUCCACCUAUUUUUGUGGUUCUUCCUUCGUGUGUUUGUCCUCCGAACGCUGAGUCAUCAUGUCUGAUCUGACGCCCCAGAGCGAGACCCCGACCCCCACCACAGACAAGAUCACGCAGGCCGCCAGGGAGACCAUCUAUCUCUGCAACUUUCGCGUCUCCGUGGACGGAGAGUGGCUCUGCCUGCGGGAGCUCAACGACAUCUCGCUCACGCCGGACCCAGAGCCGGCCCACGAAGAUCCUAAGGAUCCAGUCGCAAUCGAGCGGCUCAACCUGAUGAACAUGGCCAAGCUGAGCAUCAAAGGCCUGAUCGAGUCCGCCCUGAACCUGGGACGCACGCUGGACUCGGAUUACGCGCCGCUGCAGCAGUUCUUCGUGGUGAUGGAGCACUGCCUGAAGCACGGGCUGAAGACUAAGAAGACCUUCCUGGGGCAGAACAAGUCCUUCUGGGGGGCGUUGGAGCUGGUUGAGAAGCUGACGCCUGAAGCAGGAGAGAUCACGGCCAGCGUCAAGGACCUGCCAGGCCUCAGAACCCCCCUGGGGCGCGGCCGUGCUUGGUUACGCCUGGCGCUGAUGCAGAAGAAGCUCUCCGACUACAUGAAAACCAUCAUCAACAGGAAGGACCUGCUCAGUGAAUUCUACGAGCCGAACGCCCUGAUGAUGGAGGAGGAGGGCGCCGUCAUCGCCGGCCUCCUGGUCGGGCUGAACGUCAUCGAUGCUAACCUGUGCAUGAAGGGAGAAGAUCUGGACUCGCAGGUCGGGGUGAUUGACUUCUCCAUGUACCUCAAGGAUGGAGGACACAGUAGCAAGAGCGCAGAGGGCGACGGUCAGAUCACGGCCAUCCUGGAUCAGAAGAACUACGUGGAGGAGCUGAACAGACAUUUAAGCGCCUCCGUGAACAACCUGCAGGCCAAGGUGGACGCUCUGGAGAAGGCCAACACCAAGCUGACCGAAGAGCUCGCGGUGGCGAACAACCGCAUCAUCACGCUACAAGAAGACGUGGAGAGAGUCAAAGAGGAGAGCUCCUUCCAGCUGGAGUCCAGGAAGUCAGCCAGAGGAGACCCGGCAGCCGACGGUUCUGCGCUGACCGAAACCCGCAAGCAGCUGAAGGAGGAAACUCUGCUCCGGCUGGACGUGGAGCGGGAGCUGGAGGUGCAGAUCGGGAUGAAGCAGGAGAUGGAGAUGUCCAUGAAGAUGCUGGAGAAGGACGUCUGUGAGAAGCAGGACGCUCUGAUGGAGCUCCGGCAGCAGCUGGACGACCUCCGGACCAUCAACCAGCAGCUCAGCCACAAGUCUCAGAGUGCAGACAGCAGCUCCAAGCAGAAGGGGGAGGUCAUCGCUCGCCUGGAGGACAAAAUCAGCCAGAUGUCGGGGACGGUGAAGCAGCUGGAGAGCAGAUGCAAGCACGCCGAGAGGGAGCGCGCCCUGGCGCUGGAGGCCAACCGCCUCUUCAAACGCGACUUUGGAGACAAGAUCAUGAGUCUGCAGGUGGAGGUGGAGCAGCUGAGGAGAUGCAGGUCUCAUCUGGAGUCGGAGCUGAGAAAAGAGCGAAAGGCGGAGCCUCCCAGUCUGGGCGCUGCCGGCAAACAGGCCGACCCCUCCCUGCCGGAGAGGGCGGAGCCGGGACCCACAGGAGGUCAGCCGCCCGGCUGCGAUGGCGAGGAGCAGACGAGGAUGAGCUCCUCCUCCUCAUCUUCAGAGGAGCCUCCAGGUAGCAGUGAGAUGGAGCGCUCGUGGAGCGGCGAGCCGGGCAGGAGCGGCUCCAGCCGGUCUUCGUCUCCUCGUCAGGACGAACAGGAGGAGAGCGGUCUGCAGACGGCUCCGCCCUCCAUCUGCGCCAUGUGUGAGGAGGUGCAGUCUCUGGACAGGACAAAGAAACGCUGUAAGAACUGCAGCGGCGUUUUCUGUCAGAGCUGCGUCUCCAACGAGCUGCCGCUGCCGUCCUCCAUCCUCCCGGAGACGGUGUGCAGCGCCUGCUACGCCCAGCUGCUGCUGCAGUACGGCUCCUCGCCCACGUGAGCGCACGCCGGCGCGGCAUCCGCAGGCCGCUGCUGCUUAGGCCUGGCAUUGGAGGAAAACGGCGCUUUGUGGAACCGGAACCUCUUUACGGUCAGUUUCAGCCUGGAUUCCCGCCUCCUGCUGGUCCUGAUGAUCCAGGAGCGUCUGGCGCCAGCGUCUGGCUGAAGCUAGACCCUCGUCUUCGGCGUUUGCUCUGGACGCCGGUGGAGGCCAAACGCUUCUGAAGGAACAUCUGGAAAUGAAGGCGACUGCUUCAUCUGCACAAAUCUAAUCUGAGCUUUUAGUAACGGGGAUUAUUCUGGAGAAUCUGCUGUAUUCAUGGUGGAAAUGAAGAGUCUGUAGAGAAAUAAAUGUAGAAAUAUGGAUCAUUUAUUCAAAUCAUUUCUAACCAGUGAGAGAAGCAGAUGAGAUCAAUAAAACCAGAAUGUUUGUUAAAAUACAGAAGAGAGUUUCUAAGGAAGUGAAGAUGAUGAUGGUGAAGAUCUGGAUCUGGGUUCUUCUGAUGUUCUUCUGGAUUCUGGUCCAGUUCUGGAUGUCCUGAAACUCCAAAGAGGGUUGAAGACUCAAAGUUCAGUUUCUGGUCUGAAACCCACAGCGGCUUUUUUUCUCUGCUGCACGGAUCAAAGCCGACGUUCUUCACAAGUUCUGUCUGCAUGAACAGAACCAUGAGAUCCAAAGUUCCUACAUUUAAGGUUCUGUUCCCCUCUUUCCUUUCUCUGCUGAAGAACACGCCCUCCUCCCACCAACAAGUCAUCAGAACCAGUGGUUGUGAUCCGGUCUGAAAGUUCUUCUCAUGAUUCUUAUGGUUGAUUUGCUUCGGUUGGAAGACCUUCUUGAUAAAACCUCUGCUUAUA